GUGUCCGCGGCGUCCACACCCCCUCCUCACAGGCGUUUCACCUGGGUCGGGAUUCUCAGGUCAUGAACAGUCCCAGUCACCUCCAGGCAGGGCGGGUGAGGACGGGGACGGGGCGUGUCCAACUUGCUGUGGGCUCUUGAAACGCGAGCAUGGCACAGCAUGGGGCGAUGGGCGCGUUUGGGGCCCUGUGCGGCCUGGCGCUGCUGUGCGCCCUCAGCCUGGGUCAGCACCCCACCGGGGGUCCCGGGUGCGGCCCUGGGCGCCUCCUGCUUGGGACGGGAACGGACUUGCGCUGCUGCCGCGUUCAGGCGACGCGCUGCUGCCGCGAUUACCCGGGAGGGGCCUCAGCCCAGCUGCUGGGGGGCUGGCCUGUCUCCUGCCCAGGCGAGGAGUGCUGUUCCGAAUGGGACUGCGUGUGUGUCCAGCCUGAAUUCCACUGCGGAGACCCUUGCUGCACGACCUGCCGGCACCACCCUUGCCCCCCAGGCCAGGGGAUACAGUCCCAGGGGAAAUUCAGUUUUGGCUUCCGGUGUAUCGACUGUGCCUCGGGGACCUUCUCCGGGGGCCACGAAGGCCGCUGCAAACCUUGGACAGACUGCACCCAGUUCGGGUUUCUCACCGUGUUCCCUGGGAACAAGACCCACAACGCCGUGUGCGUCCCAGGAUCCCCGCCGGCAGAGCCGCUUGGGUGGCCGACUGUCGUCCUCCUGGCCGUGGCUGCCUGCGUCCUCCUCCUGACCUCGGCCCAGCUUGGACUGCACGUCUGGCAGCUGAGGAGUCAGCGCAUGUGGCCCCGAGAGACCCAGCUGCUGCUGGAGGUGCCGCCGUCGACUGAAGACGCCAGCAGCUGCCAGUUCCCCGAGGAAGAGCGGGGCGAGCGAUCGGCAGAGGAGAAGGGGCGCCUGGGAGACCCGUGGGUGUGAGCCUGGCCGUCCUCCGGGGCCGCCCACCGCAGCCAGCCCCUCCCCAGGAGCUCCCCAGGCCGCAGGGGCUCUGCGUUCUGCUCUGGGCCGGGCCCUGCUCCCCUGGCAGCAGAAGUGGGUGCAGGAAGGUGGCAGUGACCAGCGCCCUGGACCAUGCAGGUCGGCGGCUGCGGCUGGGCCCUGCAGGAGGGAGAGACAGACACAGUCAUGGCCCCUUCCUCCCUUGCUGGCCCUGCUGGGGUGGGGUCUUAGGACGGGAGGCUGUGUCCGUGGGUGUGCAGUGCCCAGCACAGGACCUGGCUGCAGGGGGCCUUCAAUAAAC